AUGUGCAGAUGGACGCUGUCCGUAGCCCAUCUCUGUCCUGAACCUACCCUUGACACCACCACUGCUGCAGCCUCCGCCAGGCGACUUCUCCCCCUACCCAGUGCAGCCUCCCUUUGCUUGGCAUGCUUCACUCUGCUCCUGGUCACCACUGGCACUGCCACAGGGGCCUGUCCUCCCGGGGUAGGGCAUGAAUCCCUACAGGUUCUCACAAGUGGCAUCAACUGUUCAUGGACAUUGGAAAGGCACACUCGCAGUUACAAUCACCUAGAGGGCGAUGUCCGACUACGGCGGCUUUACUCUGCUAACAAGUUCUUUCUGUGCAUUGACAAAACAGGCAAGGUGGACGGCACUCGGCGGAAAAACUACGCAGACAGCCUGAUGGAAAUCCGAUCUGUCAGUGUGGGAGUUGUUGCCAUCAAAUCUGUCAGCACCGGGCUGUACUUAGCUAUGUCCAAGAAAGGCACGCUCUUUGGAUCGGUGAAGUACAACCCGAGCUGCAAGUUCAAGGAGCGCAUUGAGGAGAACGGCUACAACACGUACGCCUCCCUGCGUUGGAAGCACGGCGGCCGGCAGAUGUUUGUUUCACUUAACGGGCGUGGGAAGCCGAGGCGAGGUCACAAGGCUCGACGAAGGCACCCAUCCACCCAUUUCCUGCCCAUGCUCCCAUCCUAGC